ACCAAGAUGGGUAACGAACAGAGCACCCUUCAGAAGGAGGGCUACACAAUUGAAAAGGAAACAGAAAACUGGGUUACAGCCACAAAGGACGGUGACAGAUUUUUCAUAAGAACGAUGAAGAUUUCCCCAAAUGCAACAUUAAUCUCAGAAAUGGAAACUCUCAAUGCAAUAAUUCAUCCUCAUGUUACGAGCACCAAGAAUUCUUUUAAAGAUGAAGAUCAUGACGUAUACUACCUAGUGGCGGAGCACUGUCAUGGUGGGAGCCUUGCAGAAAAGACCAAAGGGACAAUACUUGAUGAGUCUCAGAUACUGAGCUGGAUUGUUGAAAUCUGUAUGGCACUGCGAACCAUUCAUGAAAACGGCUUGUUUCACAAAAAUCUGACGCCACAGAACAUAUUCUUCACAGAAUUGGGAACUCUGCGCUUGGGUGGAUUUGGAAAACUCGAGGGAAAGUACUGUAUAACUCCUAUUAAUUACAAACAUAUAAAGUGUAUCUAUACUGUACAAUAUACUGUAUGCAUAUAUAAAUGUUGUGUUUGUUGUUUACACAGCAAUGUGAGUUCAGGAGGGGAAGCAAUUAAUUAUCUGGCACCAGAGGUCUUCACAAGUGCAACGUAUGACACUAAAAGUGACAUUUGGUCGGUGGGAUGCAUACUCUAUGAGCUCUUUACUCAGAAAUUAGCGUUCUCUGCAGAGACCACAGUCGACCUCAACCCCAGAAUUAUUUCUGGUCCUGUCCCUCGUCUCCAAGACAAGUGGUCAUCUGAGUUUCAGGAACUGUUUAGUGACAUUUUGCAGAGAGACCCUAACUCAAGACCUACAACCUAUGAGAUUUUGGGGCGUCCCAUUGUUUUACAAUGUCUCCUAAAAAAGAGUAAAACAACUGCAGAGCACCUUCAGACUCAGUUGGGCAAGCUGAGAGCUGUGGCCGACAGUUUGGAAAAUGUGCACCAGGGCGCCACCAUCGGCAGUCUGGCAGGAGGAGUGAUCGGAGCAGCGGGAGGGAUUACCUCCAUCGUGGGUCUUGUUCUGGCUCCCUUCACUUUGGGAACUUCACUUAUUGUCACUGGUGUGGGAAUCGGGGUGGGUGUUGCUGGUGGGGUCACUGCCGGUGCCUCAAAUAUCACAAACAUGGUCAACCAGGCCUCUGAUCGCAAAGCUGUUCAAAGCAUCAUCAAAGAGUUUGAUGAGAAAAUGAAUGCAGUGGCCCUCUGGCUGCAGGAGAUCAGCAAGAGUUUAGAGACAAUCAACAGAGGUUGCUCAGGGGAUGUGCCUACUGAUGAGGACAGCAGUUUAAAUCAAGAAAACUUUGCAAAGGUUGGCACAAGGAUAGGUAGGGGCUUAGGAGGUGUUAGCGAACUGUUUCGAGUACUUCGAGUGGUAAACAUUGGCAAAAUCGCAGCACAAGCAUCCAGGACAGUACGACUGGCAGAGGUAGCCACUGGUGCACUUUCUGCUUUAUUUGUGGCAGCAGAUAUCUUCUUUAUUGCCAUGGAUGCUAAAGAGAUUCACCACAUUAGACAGACAACAGCAGAUGGUCAAACAUGCUCUGAGAUCAUGAAAUUUGUCCAUUCCGUCAGGCAGACUGCAGACGAGUUGCAGGGCAGUUUGGAUGAGAUCAAAGGCCUCAUUCACAUCAUCCCCUUCCUUGAGGAUGAGAGAGAGUUGGAAUGGGAAUGCAUGUAAAGUCGUGUUGCUUCUGGGUCGCUAAGGUGACAUGAAUACAUGUGUUUUGUAAGAUUUAAUGGGGAAUAUCCAAAGAAAAGUAUAAUUAAUCUUCAUGUGUGAUUAUUUAAUAUAACUUUUCAAAACAUGAUGCCUUUAUAUGCCAUAUCAGUUCAUCAUAACAGGCUUAAAUCUUUUUUUUUAAAUUUUGUACUAUUUACUAUUUCCUCCAUAGUUAUAGUACUCUAAAUCUUCCUCUGAAGUGAUUAUCAUGACUUACUAUUUUGUGUGAUUACAUCUUGUUUUUAACUUUGAUUGGAUUGUCAAUAAUAAUUGUAUUUGUGAUAGUACUCCUUGAAGAAAUGCUGAAUAUUUAUUGUAAGAGUAAAAACUGGAUUGCUGUUUCAUGAUGUUUUACAAAGCUAACAACCUAAAAAGUGGACAUUUUCUGUUACAACUUGAUUAAUUAUUCUGCACCACAAAUUCAGUAUAUUGAUUUUUCUGCCAGUUGUGUACAAUGUACAGUACAAUCUGACAGGUUACAUAUUAAUUUAAUAUAAAUUAGACACAAAUAAUGACUUUUGUUUUGAUCUGAUAGUAGCUCCGUGGUUGCUGGCAAUUUGAACAUAGAGUUGAUUUUUUGUCUUUUCUUUUCAUUAUUUUGUACAUUAAUGUAAUACACACUUUGUGUAGGGUUUAAAAAAAUCUCUAUUUGACGACUUAUAGUUGUGCACAUGGCUGUACCCAAAGAUCUGACCAGUGGAUCCUGGACUUUUUCACAGUUUUUUCCAGGAUUGUCUCAAGAAAGAGAAAUUUGAAAGAUGAUUUUAUCACAUAUACAUUCUGCAAACAUGCAUUCCUAUGAGUUAUUUGCCAAGCUCAAUUUCAUCUUGGUAACUCUAGAUAAUUGUGUGUAGACAUGCUGGUCGUCUCCUCAGUUAAAUUUGCUAUAACCAUAUAAGUGCAUUUAUAAUACAUGGGAUUGUUCUAUAUAU